AUGUCUCCGUCCGCCGACGCCGCCGGGCCCGCCUCCUCCGCCUCGGCGCCCCCGCUCACGCCCUCAUCGCGGCGCAGCUCAACUACCUCCUCUCGCACUCCAAGCUUCCCAUCAGGGUAUGCGCUCCCUUCACCCCCUGCUCUUCCUCGCCUUCGCCUUGCCACUCGCCGUCUCACUUGGCUCGCUUGCAGGUGGGACAGAUCUGGUCCGGCUGCCGCAACGGCAGCCCCGCCGAUCGGUUCACGCUCGCCAUCCCCUUCUGCCUCGACUACGUCCACUGUAACGCACCCUCGCUCGAAGCGCUCUAAUGGUACUAGGGUUUGGAACUGUAGCUCAGAUUCUGCCACCGCAGGGGAUUUCGUGUACAAUGCGCUGUCUCCCAAGGUGGCGCCAGACGUGGUGUUCGGGCCGGAGGACGAGAGGUUCCAGCCGCUGGUCGACUACGAUGUGGCUGGAAAUGGCGAUAAGAGCUGCUUGGCGCGUUGGGAUUGCCGCGCCCCCGAGGGACUCCUUGCCCUCGUACAGGAGCUCCGAGAAUUGUACAUUGAAUACCAAAAGAAGCGGGUUCACAUGGUGGAUGACGCAAGAGUGGCGUUUGAACUAAGCACUGUUCUCUCUAAGGAGGGAAUCGAAGUCUGCAUGGUACCUUCUGCUGAUAGGCCAGAUGAGGUGAAAUUUGCUGUACCACUUCUGGACUCUGACCUUGACAUUGCCAAACUGGUGCCAGGAUGUCCUUGGAGAUUACCUCAAAAGAUCCAUCUCCAGGUCAUUUUUCCAAUUAGUAGGAGUUCAAGCUACUCUUCUAUGCCUUCUGCUCCACGACUCAAACUAAUCUCAACACCAGAUUUGAAGUCACUUCUCUCAGUUGAGGAUGUGAAACUCCCUCCAUGGUCAAAUGGGAUGAGGGCUACAAUUCUUUCCAUUUCUGGAAUUUUCACAUUUCUGGUUCACUUUGCCAUCCCCCUUCAAUUCCCAAAGCAACAACCUGUCCUCACAUUGCAGAGUUCUCAGCACUGUAAUGCUGACGGGACGCCUAUUAUGUCGCCCCCAAUAAAUGACUACCCCUGGAGUCCUAGAUGGGAUCAGGCAGAUAUGGUUGAACGUAUCUAUGACUUCCUGACUGACGAGUGCCAAAAUUUCAAGAAGUUCUGCAGCGAUGCUAUCACUCAGCAGAAGUAG